AUGUCCGAGGUCGGUCCUUCAGACCAAAACCAUGACUUUGCACCCACCUAUGAAGCGGCAAUGCUAGACGAGGAUCAAUCUCAUAGCACAGCUCCUCUCUUACCAAAGCCUCAUGAGUACGAAACUGCGCCAGCAGACGGGAUGAAAGAGCUCGAAAUGGGAGAUGUCAAGGACCUCAGCCCAAGCCCCAGGCCAAGCUUGACCUUCGGGAUCGAGGAUGAAUGGACCCCCAGGUUCAAGCGGACACAUUCUCGAUCCAGAAGCUUCAGACGGACCUGUCUGCUGUUCCUUCUCAAGGCUGUUCUGGCCGUUUGGUUCAGUGUAGUGCUUUAUAAGGUCAUUAGGUAUUGUGCUCAGUCGUCGAAAUCCACCGGUGGUCUUCCAGACACCAGCCCCGGCAACGAUGAUACGUCCGCAUCCAGGAACCGGAGAAUGAUCAUCGACUCCGACUCCGGGAACAUACGCGGCGUGUACCCCCUCUACGACUCGUUAUCCCUCACAACAACAACCGGUAACAUCACCGUAGCCAUAGCCCCGCAACCGGCACACCCAGACCACCCAUUUGAACCAGCGCGUCUGCAUAUCCGCUCCCUCUCAGGGACGGUCACGGUCUCAUUCACCGCGCCAGAGGCAGCCAUCCUCCCGGACCUAGAACUGGAGAUGGAGCUGCACCCGGACUGUAAUGCCUCACGUACCGACGAAAACAGGGAUCUACCCGCACGCCCCUACGAGCUCGACAUCCAGACGGAAACAGGCCCCAUCGCGGGCCGGAUGGUCUUUUCGCGCUCUGCGCGUCUCGUUUCGGGCAGUGGUGAUAUCACCGCUAUGCUCAUUCCGGUUAUUCCUGAUGGUCUUGGUGAGGAUUGUACCGGGAAGAUGGGGCGAAAUGUGUCCAUCAUGACGGAGACUGAGUCCGGUGAGCAGCGGCUCCACGUUACCCAGCCUUUUGUCUUGGAUUCCGAGGCAGAGGCCAAUUAUCGUGUGUCGGGGAGCCAUAUUGCGGGGAAUGGGGCGAUGGAGGUUGCCUAUCCGGCUGCUUGGGCUGGGAAUGUGCAU